AUGCCCCCGCGCGCGCCCUGGCGGUCCCUGUCCGCGGUGCUGAUCCUGCUGUGCGGGGCGGCGCCCUCCGCGGGAGGGUGUCCCCACCCCUGCUCCUGCUACGUGCCCAGCGAGGUCCACUGCACCUUCCGCUCCCUGGCCUCGGUGCCCGCCGGCAUCUCGCCGCACGUGGAGAGGAUCAACCUGGGGUUCAACAGCAUCCAGGCUCUGUCCACGACGUCCUUUGCGGGGCUCAGCCAGCUGGAGCUGCUGAUGCUUCACGGCAACGACAUCCCGGCCAUUCCCGACGGGGCUCUGAGGGAUCUCACCGCCCUGCAGGUGUUCAAGUUCAGCUACAACAAGCUGCGGGUGGUCUCGGCGCAGACGCUGCGGGGGCUGUGGAGCCUCCUGCGGCUGCACCUGGACCACAACCAGAUCGAGUUCAUCGAGCCGCACGCCUUCGCCGGCCUCACCGCCCUGCGUCUGCUGCACCUGGAGGGCAACCGGCUGCAGCAGCUGCACCCCGGCACCUUCGCCACCUUCUCCCUCCUGGGGCACUUCCCGCUCUCCACCGUCCGGCACCUCUACCUGGCCGAGAACCUGCUGGCCGCGCUGCCGCGGGCCGUGCUGGAGGGCGCGCCCCUGCUCGAGAACCUCUACCUGCACACCAACCCCUGGGCCUGCGACUGCCGCCUGCACUGGCUGCUGCAGUGGGCCGCCAAGGCCAAAGGGGUCCUCAAAUGCAAGAAGGACAAGGCCUUCGAGGGCGGCCAGCUGUGUCCCGCCUGCUCCAGCCCCCGGGCACUGCGGGCCCAGGAACUGCAGAAGCUCUCCGCGCUGAGCUGCCUCAAGCCCCGCAUCGAAUCCCUGCUGAGGCUCAACCGCACCCGGGACGAGGACCCGGAGGAGGACACGGAUGCGGACGAGGAGGACCAGGAGGAAGAAGACGCCGCCUUCCCCCCGUCUCCGAGCUGGAGCGUCGCGUUGAACAUGAGCGACGCCCACGGGAACACAGUGCAGCUGGCCUGCAGCGUCCGGCGGCCCCCGCGGCUGGAGCGCGUCCAGCUGAACCAGACGGAGGCGGCCGAGCUGGAGGUCAACGCCACCGCGGCCAUGGGGCUGCAGUGCGCCAUGACGCGGGAAAAAUACGAGCAGCUCUGGCGGCUGAUCGCUUACUACAGCGAGGUCCCCGUGCGGUUGCACCGGGAGGGUGCACUGUACCUGCAGGACGCCGCCGACGCCGACGCCCUCUACUACACGGGCGUCCGGGCCCACGCCGUGGCCGAGCCCGCGUGGAUCCUGCAGCCCCAGAUGCACCUGCGUCUCGACCGCCGGCAGAGCUCAGCCAGCCGGGUGCUCCUGGAGUACUCCUCGCCGCUGGUGCUCACGGUGCCCACCAAGGAUGCCCGGCCGCAGGGGCGCGGCCACAGCUGGGUGAUGAUCGAGCCGGGCAGCACAGCGCACGCCGUCGCGGAAGGUGCCUCGUGCCAGCUGAGCUGCCCCGUGAAGGCGUCGGAGACCCCAGCUGUGUCCUGGCGGCUCCCGGACGGCUCCGAGCUGAAGGCACCGUACGAGGACCCGGCCGGCCGCUUUUCCGUCCUCGCCAGCGGGUGGCUGCACAUCCGGGAGGCGCGGGCAACCGACUCCGGCCUCUACCGCUGCGUGGCACAGGUGCAGGGCGACACGGACCAGCUGGUGCAACGGGUCGUGGUGCAGCCAGUAAAAGCCCGGCCCGGCAGGAAACUCCACAAGCCGCGCGGGGAGCCCCUCACGCUGCCCUGCGGGGCCCCGGCCGCCGUGCCGGACGCCAGGCUCAGCUGGGUGCUGCCCCGCGGGCUCACGGUGCAGCACGAAGCCAACACCUCCCGGGCCUUCGUGGACGCACACGGCGCCUUGAUCAUACCGGACCUGCAACCCUCCGACGCCGGCUCCUACACGUGUCUGGCCGUCAACACGCAGGGGACAGACCGAAUGACCGUGGAAGUCGUUGUCGGCCGCCCGGGACCUUCGUCCACCGCCUCCUCUUCCUCCAGGAGGGCCUCCAAGAGGGGCCGACGCCCGGCCGGCGGCAGGACACGAGCAGAGUCACUGCAACCACCACCGCUGCUGCUGCAGCCGGACGAUGACGGAGGCUCGGGGCUGAGCCCGGAGGACCCGCUGCCCUCCGGGGGGACCCUGCUGCACGCCCACGACCAGGAGCUGUUCCUGCACGCCAAGGACGAGGCCCGGCUGCCCGCCGCCAGGAAGGGGCGCCGGAAGAUGAAGCCGUGGGCCAAGGAGGCAGACGACAGCCACGGGGCCGAGGGCCGCCGCGGGUUCGAGUCGCGGCGCCGGAGCAGCAUGGCCAGCAAGUCCAUCCACCCGCAGCAGUGGGCCGACAUCCUGGCCCGGGUACGGGGACGCACGGCCCCCAGGGGCACCCAGCUCCCCGCCACGGUGCCCGCCACGCCCACCACGCAGGAGGCGGCGCCGGGGCCCGCGCUCAGGACGCAGAGGAGGACACGGGCACCUCCCGCUCCUCCCCUCCUCCCCUUCCCGCCCGCACCCCGGACGGCGUGGACACGCACGACCAGCGCCGGCCCCCCCGAGGGCUGGACUCCGCCCGGCGCCGUCCAGUCCAGCUCCGAGCCCCCAGCCCCGCCACUGCAGGGCACGGCCGAGUCCCCCCUGCUGGCCGCGCCCUUGGCUGAGAGCCCUGCGGAGCCGCCCAGCUACCCACCGCCCACGGACGCCGCGUCCAGCCGGGAGAGCUCAGGCCGCCCGCAGGACGCACACGCCCGCGCCUCGCCGUCCCCUGGGCCACGGGCGCGCGGGUCCUCCUGGACGUCGGAGCCCCGGGGGGAGCUGGACACAGCAGCUGGCACGACGCAGCCCUCGGCAGGGACGCACCGCGCCCCUCUGACGCAGGAGGCGCUGCCCACGGUACGUCAGACGCACGCCCCAGAGAUGCCGAGGGAAACUGAGGCAGGGACGCACCGUGCCCCUCUGACGCAGGAGGCGCUGCCCACGGCACGCCCGCCGCCGCACACCCCAGAGACGCCGAGGGAAACUGAGGCAGGGACGCACCGCGCCCCUCUGACGCAGGAGGCGCUGCCCACGGUACGUCAGACACACGCCCCAGAGACGCCAAGGGAAACUGAGGCAGGGACGGAAGCCAGCCCGGUGGGCACAGAGCCGGCCCCCAGCCGCCGCCCAGAGGCGCCCCCCGGCCUCCCGCCUCGGAGAAAGACCCAGGGCGGCGGUGGCGGGCGGAGGAGGCAGCAUGGCCAGCGGGCUCGAGCCCAGCACAAACCGCCACCGCCCCCGGCCGCCCCCACGCUCGCCCUGAAGACCACCGCGGCCCCCCACACGGUGCCCAGCCGGCUCCCCGGGACUCCUGCCGAGACCCCACCCAGCACGUGGCCCAGUGGUGAGCUCGUACAGCCACAGACACAGACCCCGUCCCUCGGGCAGCCCCCGCACACCGCCCUGGUCCAGCACGGAGCCGGACCCCCGGCCGACGGGAACCAGAGCCCCGGGCUGAGUCCCCUGCUGCCUGCCCCCACCGGGCGCCCAGCACUGGUCGCAGAAGAAGGGACCGUGACGGACGUCUCGUCCACUCCAUCGAGCCCCGUGCCAGUGUCCACGCAGGAGGACGACUCCGCUCCCACCAGCUCCCCAGAAGCGGCCAGGCUCACUGCAUCCACUGCCGCGCAGACGGACAGCCCUGUCCGCCCGUCUUGGGAGCCCCUUGUCCCGGGCUCUGACUCUGCACCCAUCAUCCACGUCAUCGCACCCGUGACCUCGGCAUCCCCCACUGCCCCGGUGGCUGGACCCAGCACGGACACCCCCGGUCGGUCACUCCCUGGCCCCACUGGGUCCUCGUGGAAACCGGGCACUGCCCCAACUGUGCACCAUCCUCAGGGACCCCCCGUGGACGUGGCACCACCGUGGCAGCCGGCGUCUGUGCUGCCUCCCGAUGGCCCAUCCACUGCCCACUCGUCACUGCACAGGGAGGUGUGGACACGGCGUCCAGAGGAGGACCGGGGGAGCCACGACACGCGGGUCAGCAUGCAAGUGACACUGCCCCAGGGAGCCCCCGCAACCCACGGCACAGCCAGCCAUGCCGCAGAGACACAAACCCACACGCCGGCUGUGCAGGGCAUCCCCGAGACGCCACAGGGACCCCCGGCCAGCCCCGCCACCCCGAACAGUGGCACGCUGAGACCCCCGGGCACGGGGCGCCCCAGCGAGUACAGCCUCGUCCUCCCCAGAGGGACCCUCAGACCCUUCCCUCCGUGGCGCCCAGUCACCGGCAAGCCCAGAAUCUCCUCGUACCCGUCCUGGGUGUGGCCGGACAACAAACGGUUCCCCACGCCCCGGAUCCCCGGGUUGCCGCCGCCGAGGGGUCCCUCGACCCGCACGCAGACCCCCGGGAGAGGGUUUAGCUCGGCCACGGUGGGCACCAGCGUCCUGUUUCAGCCCAACAACGAACUGCCAGACCUGGCCAGCUCCCCCGCGCCUCCGUCCCCACGGCGACCCCCGUGGCCCGCCAACCCCGUCAUCACAGUUCCAUCCCUCCGCAACCCCGCCGUCACAGUUCCAUCCCUCCGCCGGACGCCCGCCACGACCCCGGCCACCUCUCGCACCCCGACCCUGGCCCCUAGGAGGCCCGGGCCCGGCGUCCACCACAGAGCGCACGGGCAGCCCGUCUUCCACCUGGACUUGGGGCCCCCAGCACCGCCCUGGAGAACCGCGGCCACCACCAGCCAGCCCCCGGCCACCCGCUUCCAGAAGCCGCCUCCGAGCCCGGCCCCCCGGGGGCCUCUGUCCGUCCCUCCGCUGCCCCCCGCCCAGCCCUCCAGAGGGGGCUUCCGAGUCCCGGGCCCCGGAGCACCUGCCUCCCCCCCAUUCUGGGCGGCCGGGGAGAAACCGCAGAUCAUCACCAAGUUCCCGCUCACGGCGUCCGUCUCGGCCGACGGGGACGUGGCCCUGCCCUGCCAGGCCACGGGGAAGCCGGAGCCCCUGGUGACCUGGACCAAGGUGUCCACAGGUGCCCUGAUCACCCCCAGCACGCGGGGCCGCUUCGAGGUGCUGAGGAACGGCACCCUGGUCAUCCGCGGGGCCCAGCCGCAGGACCGCGGGCAGUACACCUGCACAGCCCAGAACCUGCACGGCGUGGACAAGCGUAGCGUCCAGCUGGCCGUGGCCACCCAGCAGCCCCACAUCCUGGCCUCGCGCCUGCAGGACGUGACCGUCCACCUGGGGGACUCCGUGUCCAUGCAGUGCCUGGCCCAGGGCACGCCCGCCCCGCACAUCUCCUGGGUCUUCCCCGAUGGCCGCGCGUGGCGCUCGGUCCCUGGAGUGGACGGGAGGGUCACCCUGCACGAGAACCGCACACUGUCCAUCCGGGACGCCGCCUUCUCCGACCGCGGUGUGUACAGGUGCGUGGCCAGCAACGCGGCCGGGGCGGACAGCCUGGCCAUCCGGCUGCACGUGGCCGCGCUGCCCCCGGUCAUCCAGCAGGACGCGUGGGAGAACAUCACGGUGGCCCCCGGCCGGAGCCUGCACAUCCACUGCACGGGGGCCGCCCCGCCGCCCAGCGUGCGCUGGGUCCUGCCCGACGGCACCCACGUGCGCCCCUCGCAGUUCGUGCGCGGCCACCUCUACGUCUUCCCCAACGGCACCCUCUUCAUCCGCCACCUGGCCACGCGGGACAGCGGGCGCUACGAGUGCGUGGCGGCCAACCUGGUGGGCACCGCGCGCAGGACGGCGUGGCUGCAGGUGGAGCGCGCGGCCGCCCACGCACAGAUCACCAGCUCCUCCCCAAAGCGCACCGACGUGCGCUACGGGGCCACGCUGCGCCUGCACUGCAGCGCGUCCGGGGACCCCUGGCCGCGCAUCCUCUGGCGGCUGCCCUCCAGGCAGACAGCCGACGCCUUCUACAGCCCGGAGCCUCGCGCCAAAGUGCUCACCAACGGCACCCUCCUGCUCACCUCGGUGACCGAGCGCGACGCGGGCGACUACCUCUGCGUGGCCCGGAACCCGGGCGGGGACGACUUCGCCGCCGUGCGCGUGCAGGUGCUGACGCAGCCCGCCAGGAUCGCGCCACGGGACGAGGCCGACCGCCAGGUCCCCUUCGGGGCCGACCUGCGCGUGGACUGCGUGGCCAGCGGCCUCCCGAACCCGGAGAUCUCCUGGGGACUCCCCGACGGCAGCCUGGUGAACUCGGCCAUGCAGGGGGACCAGCCCCGUGGCGGUGACCGCAGCGGCCGGGCGAAACGCUACGUGGUGUUCCACAACGGCACGCUCUACUUCAACGAGGUGGGCCCGGCCGAGGAGGGGGACUACACCUGCUUCGCCGAGAACCAGGCGGGCCGGGACGAGAUGCGGGUGCGCGUCCGGCUGCUGAGCCUGCCGGCCGCGAUCCGCAACAAGACCUACUCGGUGCUGCGGGUGCCCUACGGGGACGCGGCCGCGGUCACCUGCGAGGCGCAGGGCGAGCCGGCCCCGCUGCUGACCUGGCUGUCCCCGAGCCACCGCCGCAUCCCCGCGUCCUCGGACAAGUACCACAUCGACGCGCGCGGCACGCUGCUCAUCCACAAGGCGCGCCGCGCCGACAGCGGGAACUACACGUGCGUCGUGCGCAACGCGGCGGGCGAGGAUCGCAAGACGGUGUGGCUGCACGUGCAGCUGCGGCCGCCCACCAUCAACGGCCACCCCAACGCCGUCACCACGGUGCGCGAGGUGGCCACGGGCGGCAGCCGCAAGCUCAUCGACUGCCGCGCCGAGGGCGUGCCCCCGCCCCGCGUGCUCUGGGCCUUCCCCGAGGGCGUGGUGCUGCCCGCGCCCUACUACGGGAACCGCAUCACCGUGCACCGCAACGGCACCCUGGACAUCCGCAGCCCGCGGCCCAGCGACGCGGUGCAGCUGGCCUGCAUCGGCCGCAACGAGGGCGGCGAGGCCCGCAUGCUGGUGCAGCUGACGGUGCUGGACGCGACGCAGAAACCCGCCUUCAGUGACCCCAGCCACGAGGACAUCACCGCGCUGGCCGGACACACCAUCAGCCUCAACUGCUCGGCGCACGGCCGCCCGCCGCCCACCCGCCACUGGCUCUUACCCAACGGCACGGAGCUGCGCGCGGGGCAGCGGCUGAGCCGGUUCUACCACGCGGGUGUGGACGGGCGGCUCCACAUCAGCGGGCUGGUGCCGGCCGACGCCGGGGAUUACCGCUGCGUGGCUCGCAACGCGGCCGGCCACGCUGAGAGGCGGGUGGCCCUCAAGGUGGGGCUCAGCCCCACCCGCAGCCCCCAGUACCGCAACGUGGUGAGCAUCGCGCACGGGGAAACGCUCCGGCUGCACUGCGGCGGCCGCGGUGGGCAGCCCGGCUUCUCCUGGACCCUGCCCGGUGGGCUCACUCUGGACAGCCCCCACACCCAGGGCCGCAUCUCGGCGCUCGACAACGGCACCCUCACCGUGCGCGACGCGUCCGUCUUCGACCGGGGCACCUACGUGUGCCGCGCGGACACGGGCAGCGGCGGGGGCGGCCCGGCGGUGACCAGCUUCCCGGUCAUCGUCAUCGCGUACCCCCCGCGCAUCACCAGCCAGGCGGCCCCCGUGGUGCACGCGCCCCCGGGCGCCAGCGUGCAGCUGCCCUGCAUGGCCGUGGCGCUGCCCAGGGCCGAGCUGGCCUGGGAGCUGCCCGACGGGGCGCGGCUGACCGCCGGCGUCCAGGCGCGGCUGUUCGGCCACAGGCUGCUGCACCCGCAGGGCGCCCUCACCCUGCAGCACGUCACGCCCGGGGACUCGGGCUUGUACCGCUGCAUGGCCAGGAACGUGCUGGGCGCAGACUCCAAGGCCACGUACGUCCAGGUCUACUGA